CGUCUUGUUGAAGCUGCAGAAGAUGCUUACCUGAAACAUGAAUUUGAUGCUGACUUACAGUAUGAAUACUUCAAUGCCGUGCUCAUAAAUGAACGAGAUGAAGAAGGAAAUUAUCUGGAGCUGGGGAAGGAGUUCAUUCUAGUGCCAAAUGACCACUUCAAUAACUUGCCUGUGAACAUCAGUCUGAGUGACGUCCAAGUACCAACCAAUAUGUACAAUAAGGAUCCAGCCAUUGUAAAUGGAGUUUAUUGGUCAGAAUCUUUAAAUAAGGUGUUUGUUGAUAAUUUUGAUCGUGACCCUUCUCUCAUCUGGCAAUACUUUGGAAGUGCAAAGGGAUUUUUCAGGCAAUAUCCAGGAAUUAAAUGGGAACCUGAUGAGAACGGAGUCAUUGCAUUUGACUGCAGAAACAGGAAAUGGUACAUUCAGGCAGCAACUUCUCCAAAAGAUGUGGUAAUUUUAGUGGAUGUCAGUGGAAGUAUGAAAGGGCUUCGCUUGACUAUUGCAAAACAGACAGUUUCAUCUAUUUUGGAUACCCUUGGAGAUGAUGACUUCUUCAAUAUAAUUGCUUAUAAUGAAGAACUCCACUAUGUAGAGCCAUGUCUGAAUGGAACAUUAGUUCAAGCAGACAGAGCCAACAAAGAGCAUUUCAGGGAACACCUUGACAAACUUUUUGCAAAAGGAAUUGGAAUGCUGGACAUUGCUUUAAAUGAAGCUUUCAACAUGCUCAAUGAAUUCAAUCACACAGGACAAGGAAGCAUUUGCAGCCAAGCAAUAAUGUUGAUAACUGAUGGAGCUGUGGACACAUACGAUACAAUAUUUGCAAAAUAUAAUUGGCCAGACAGAAAA